UUCUCUUUGAUUUACCAGAAGAGGACAAAGCCCAAGAACGGUGUAUGUCAAAGACGACGAUAUCAGUCCCCACCUUCAACCAAAAUUGUCUUCGAAGAUGCACUGAUAAUGCUGUUCGACAGCUGCAGGAAGUGCAGGUCGUCAAGGGUAGAGCUGCAGAAGCGUCUCUUUGGCUCUAAUCUGAAAGUGACACAGGAUUGUCUGAGAUGCAACAGGCAGAGCGAAUGGAGUUCACAGCCAUUUCUUGCGGCCACACCAGCUGGCAAUCUACUGCUGUCCGCUGCCAUUUUGUUUGGUGGGCAGGGUCCCAAUGAGGUGCUGUGCCUGCUGAACAGCAUGGGUGUAACAACACACUCAGUCAGGUCCUUCUUUAUCCAUCCAGAGAAGUACCUCCUGCCUGCUGUGGAGAGGACCUGGGAUGAGCAUGUGCAUGAUCUGCACAGAAUGCUGAAUGAGACCGGGACGCCAUUAAUCAUUGGAGGAGAUGGCCGGGCAGACAGCCCUGGGUAUUCUGCCAAAUAUGGCUCCUACACUGCCCAGAAGCUGAAUCACAACAAAAUCAUCCAUCUCCAGCUUGCACAGAACAAUGAAGUGAAGAAUUCGGGACACAUGGAGUUGGAGGGUUUUAAAAGAAUGAUGUCAUCCUUGAGAGUAGCUGGCCUAACAGUUGAGAAGGUCGUCACAGACCGUCACCGCCAGCUCGCCAAAUAUGUCCGAGAGCAGGAACUAGAUGUACUACAUAUGUUCGAGGUCUCAAAAAGAAGGUUGACAAGCUCGCAAAGAAGAAGGGUCUCGAAGAAGUGGGGGACUGGAAGAGAAGCAUCAACAAUCACUUAUACUGGUGUGCCUCAAUCAACCACCAAUAAAGAAGAGGACCAUGAGAGGUGA